UACGCGACUGGAAACGUCAAGUUGUUGGUGUUAAAGUUCAUAAUGGGUUAUCGGCGUUGAUAAAAUAAACUAAGUCGGUUUUAAUAAAAACAUAAUUGUUCAUUAUUAAUCAGUGGAGACAGUCAGUAAUAAUGCACUACGAAAUGUGUAUGACGUUAUUUAAAACUGGCAUUUACACGGUACCGCGACAUUAUACAACAAUUUCGCCACAAUUUAUUCGAAAGAGCAAAACAUUGGUGCACAGGAAAAUCAGCUGUGAGCCUUUAUAUUUAACAAAGUAUUUGAGUACCUCUCCAACCAUGAGUAGCCAACUUCUGAACGGAAAUUUAUGGGACACCGAUCCCGAACUAUAUGAUUUAAUUAAAAAAGAAAAAAGCCGCCAACAUGCAGGGCUGGAGAUGAUUGCUUCAGAAAAUUUCACAUCAAUUCCUGUAUUGCAAUGUCUAAGCACAUGUCUGCACAACAAAUACUCAGAGGGAAUGCCACAUCAAAGAUAUUAUGGAGGCAAUGAAUAUAUUGAUGAAAUAGAACUGCUGGCUCAGAAAAGAUCACUUGAAGCAUAUAGAUUAAAUGCUGAUGAAUGGGGUGUCAAUGUACAGCCCUACUCAGGUUCACCGGCAAACUUUGCUGUCUACACUGGUAUAGUGGAGCCUCAUGGCAGGAUCAUGGGUUUAGACCUACCUGAUGGUGGGCAUUUGACCCAUGGUUUCUUUACGGCUACUAAAAAGAUCUCAGCCACAUCUAUGUUCUUCGAGAGUAUGCCUUACAAAGUGGAUCCAAAGACUGGCUUGAUAGACUAUGAUAAACUGGCCGAAACCGCGAGACUGUUCAAACCUCGCCUAAUAAUCGCCGGUAUCAGCUGUUACUCCCGCUGUCUUGACUACAAACGAUUCCGACAAAUUGCGGACGAGAAUGGAGCGUAUCUCAUGGCCGAUAUGGCUCAUAUUUCCGGGCUUGUUGCUGCAGGCGUGAUCCCAAGUCCGUUCGAGUACUGCGACAUAGUGACGACGACCACCCACAAAACCUUGCGUGGACCACGCGCUGGUGUCAUAUUCUUCCGCAAGGGCGUGCGCUCUGUGAAGGCUAAUGGCACGAAGGUCAUGUACGAUUUGGAGAACAAGAUCAACCAAGCGGUGUUCCCGGGGCUGCAGGGCGGCCCACACAACCACGCCAUAGCCGCCAUCGCCACUGCCAUGAAGCAAGCCACCUCUGCUGAGUUCGUAGAAUAUCAGAAACAGGUGAUAAAGAACGCUCAGCGCUUGUGCGAAGGUUUGAAGUCGCGCGGCUACGCGAUCGCGACGGGCGGCACGGACGUGCACCUGGCGCUGGUGGACAUGCGCAGCGCGGGGCUCACCGGCGCGCCCGCCGAGCGCGUGCUGGAGCUGUGCAGCAUCGCCUGCAACAAGAACACCGUGCCCGGCGACAAGAGCGCGCUGCACCCCAGCGGCAUCCGGCUCGGUACCCCAGCACUAACAACUCGAGGGCUUAAAGAAACCGACAUUGACCGUGUGGUAGAUUUUAUUGACAAGGCACUGAAGAUUGCUCAAGAAGUCACAAAGGUAUCUGGACCGAAGUUAGCAGACUUCAAUAAAGCCAUUGAAGAAAAUGCUGAAUUCAAAUCCAAAAUAGAAAAUUUAAAAGAACAAGUCGAAAACUAUAGCAGAUCAUUCCCGUUACCAGGCUUUGAGAAAUAUUGAUUUCUUAAAAAUUAAGGUUAUUUACUAUGUUUAGACAUUUACAUUUGUGCAUUUAUAUUUUUAUUUUAUUGUUUACAUUCAUGUAUGGCUAUGAUUAAACAUUCGAUUCUAUUGAAAGGUGCCUUAGUUAUAGUGAUUGCGAAUAGUUUAUAAGAAUCUCUCUGUACUGUUAUCUAAAAAUAUACUAUUUUAACAAUA